AUGGUCGACUUGAAUAUAGAUAAUUCAACUAUAGCUAUUGUCAAUUCAUCAGCGAGUUCGAUACCCAUCUUUGAUUCAUGGUACUACGAUGGUCAUAAUCAAUUCAUGAAAAUCAAUUUUUUGUCCAAUUUUCAACCAACAAUGAUCUACACAUUUCAUAUUGUUUAUUCGGCUAGUAUUGAUCGUGAUCUUGAAGGUAUCUAUUUAAGUGACUAUGUUGAUGUUAACGGUAUCAGUCGAACAUUUAUAACCUCUCAAAUGGAGCCAACCUAUGCCCGAAGUGCGCUUCCAUGCAUUGAUGAACCUGCUCGUAAGGCUAUAUUCCGUAUCAUUGUUAACCAUGACCCUUCGUAUGUUGUAUGGACGAAUACAGAAUUAGAACGUUUGGAUACAUUGAGUAAUGGCCGAAUUAGUGCUUAUUUUGCUCCCACAUUAAACAUGUCAACAUUUCUGUUGGCUUUGAUUGUAGCACCUAAAAUAGAUUUUGCUUGUCGACCCGAUCGCGUUAUUAGUAGUUCGAAGAAUAUUACUUCGAGAAUAUGUGGACGUAUACCAAUUUUGCCACAAAUGACAUAUGCUGACAAUGUAGCGCUCAAGGCAGUAAAUUUUUUCAAUCAAUAUUUCGAUAUAGAUUAUGCGCUACCUAAAAUUGAUCAUUUUGCCGUACCUGAUUUCGAAGGUGGUGCUAUGGAAAACUAUGGUUUAUUGAUCUACAGGGAGAUUGGUUUGUUUUUCGAUGAGAAAACAGGAUCCACUUCGCAACAACAAUAUGUAACUCUGCUUAUAGCCCAUGAAGUAGCACAUCAAUGGUUUGGUAAUUUGGUGUCACCUGCAUGGUGGGGAGAGCUGUGGCUGAAAGAAGGUUUUGCUAAUUAUAUGGAAUCACUAGCGACUGAUUUUAUUGAACCUUCAUGGAAACAAGACGAACUAUUUGUUAUUGAAAAAGUUUUUUCGUCCAUGAAAGCUGAUUCAUUGCCAACAUCGCGACCGAUUAGUAUUGAAAUAAAUAAUCUAGCUGAUAUAUUUCUCAUGUAUGAUCGAAUAACUUAUGAUAAAGGAUCAUCACUCAUUAGAAUGAUGAAGAUGUUUUUAGGUGCUGAAACUUUUCAACGAGGUAUUAGAAAUUAUCUGAAAGAUUUCAGCUAUAGUUCAGCAACACAACAGGAUCUUUGGCGAUAUUUAAGUGCAGCUAUAAAUAAUACAAUCGAUGUCGAACUUAUUAUGGAUGGAUGGACACAUCAAGCAGGCUAUCCUAUUGUUGAAAUUAAUCGAAUAUAUAAAAAAAUUGAUCAAAAUUUACAACAACAAAGAGUCUCUAGUGAAUUAAUUGUUACUCAACAGCCAUUUAAUCUUUUUCCAUCAACACCAACACCGAAGAUAUGGUGGAUUCCGUUCAAAUAUUUAGAUCGAACAUCACUCGAGCUUUCAAAAGAAAAUCCAAUUGAAUGGCUUAACAGUACAUCGAUACGUUUAUCAAUCACAACUUCCGACUCAGAUUGGAUCAUAGCAAAUCCUGAUUAUUUUGGCCUCUAUCGAGUUAAAUAUGAUCCAAAGAAUUUCAAUCUAAUUUUAGCUCAACUUCAAACAGAACAUACACGUAUUCCAAAUAUUAAUCGAGGUGCUCUUAUUGAUGAUACAUUUGCUAUAUCACGCACAUUUUUAAUUAAUGCAGCCGAUGCCUAUAGAUUAAUUGGUUAUCUUAAAAAUGAAAAUGAUUUCGUUCCAUGGACAGCAGCAUUUUCGGCAAUGAAACAACAAGAAUAUUUAUUGGGUGAUAAUGAAAUUUUUUCUGAAGUACAACGUUAUUUUCUUAAUUUGAUUUUGCCAUUAUACAAUAGUAUAGGUUGGGCAACAAUCAACCAAACAACAGAUUGGCGUCGAGCAUUAAUUCAACCAGAAGUUCUUUCAGCUGCUUGUUCUUAUGGUUAUCGUGAUUGUAUAGAUAUAGCAAGAAGCCUGUUUCGUCGAUGGUAUUUAAAUCCUUCGCAAAAUGAAAUACCGGUUAGUUUACGCUCGAUUGUCUAUUGUAUUUCGGUUCACCAAGGUUCUCAUGAAGAAUUUCAAUUUUUAUGGAAACGUCUAGAACAUGAACUAACACCGAGUGCAACAAGGGCUCUACUCGAUGGAGUUGCUUGUACAAGAGAUCGAUCACAAAUCGUUUGGUUUCUUAAUCAACAUUUGAUAAACGAAUCUAUAAUUCGUGAACAAGAUAUGACACAUUCUAUUGGUAAUGUAGCUCGUUCACGAGAUGGUUAUCAAAUUGCUUGGAUAUGGAUUCAAGAAAAUUGGUCUAAAUUAUUUGCAAGAUGGGGAAAGAGUUAUUCUGGUUUAGAAAGUAUUAUCGACGAUGUAACUAAUCGAUUUGUAACUGUCCGACAACAAAAUGAAUUUAAAGCCUUUGCUGAUUUAAUCAUUGAUAAAGGUACUGUCUAUCGUCAAUUUCAACUUUCACAAGAUAAAAUCAAUGCAGCUAUCACUUGGAACACGGCAAAUAUCGCAUCAAUAACUGCAUUUCUUCGAUCGUUAGUUGAUUCGUCUACUCCCAUUCGAUAUUCCUCUUCAUUAUGA